AGUUGCUGCAGCUCCGCGCGCGCGCGCGGGACAGACAAACAGGACAGGUCAAACCAAACUCGCGCGAGUGGCGACGCCCCCACGUCCCCCUCAACCGUCCGUCGGCCUCAACGCGGCGAAGCAAGACACAGAUGAGCUGCUAGCUAAGCUGCCCGAACCCCCUACGCAUCCGCUUCCCUUGUGUCUUGAAAGACUCCGGCGCGCCGGCGCAGCCCCGCCGACCGCCUGAUCACAACUCGAUCGCCCCACUUGGUCUGGUUAGCGCGCGCGCGCGCGAUCACCAGCGCAUAAUUAAUUCAGCGCUGGCCGGCCGGCCAUGGAGAAGAAGCUGCUGCUGCCGCUGGCGGUGGCGCACAAGCACGCGCACGCGCACGGAGGCGGUGGCGGCGGGGAGCGGAUGUGGGCGCGGCCGUGGCGGUGGGCCAAGACCGCCUUCUUCCUCGCGGCCAUGCUCGCGUCGCUCCUGCUCGUCUGCGCGCCGCCGCUGCUCGUCGUGCUCCUCGACCUCACGCUCCCGCCGGCGCUCCUGUCCGCGACCCUCCGCGCUGGCGCCGCCGGCAGCGGCUCGUUCGCGCCGGCGGUCGUGGCCCAGGCGCGGGCGUUCGACUUCCGCUCCUCGCUCGUCGACCUGCCCGCCGUCUCCGCGGCGCGCGCGCUGCUCAUCCUCUGCGCGUACGUGGUGUGCGGCGGGGGCGGCGCGUACCUAGGCGUGGUGGUGGCGUGCGCGGCGGGGUCCGUGUCCUACGUGCUCGCCAAGGCCGCGGCCGUGCUGCCGCGCCGCGCCGCCGCGCUGCAGGCGGGUGCGGGCGGUGACGCUCGCGCCGCCGCCGGACCGGAGGCCAUGCUCCUGCUCUCCCUGGCGCUCGCCGCCGCGCACCUCGCCGCCGCGUACCGGACCAGCUGCCGCGAGCGCCGGCGAAUGCUCGUGUACAGGAUCGACGUCGAAGGCGCCGUGAGGUUAAAAGGAGGCCAUCAAACACCCAAAGGGCUGAAGCAGUGUAGCGUCUGACACCCUGUUCUUCCCAUCACCCUCACCACCAUUUGCAUCCGCCACAUCACCAUACACACGUACGUAGGAAGAUUAAUUUUCCUUUAUUAGGAAAAAAAAUUUUGGUUGGGUUGGUCUUCGUUAUGUGUACACUAAGAUACGUUGUUACUCGUGUAACUCCUGUCACUGCCGCAAAGUGAACAUACUACUGUAAAUACGAAACGAUCAUAUGCUUUGUUGUUAUACAAUACACCCGGCCUCCUGCGAUGCAGAUUUCUGACGCAGGACGAGCCGCGUUACAGGCCCGGUUUCUUCGUGCUAUA